AGACUGUAGUCCAUCUGUUGCUCUGCAUGCUCUGUUUCACUGUUCUUCAACGAUCGGGACCCCCAUGGACCCCCACAGAGCAGGGAUCAUACAGUGUUUAUCUGGAGAAGAUGACAGGCGUGUGUGCACGUACACGCGCACACACCUGAACCACACUGACCAGGCUGACCACACUGACCAGGCCGACCAGGCUGAGCCUCUCUGAGUUUAGCCAUCGGAGAGCCGAAGCAGGCUUCCAGUCAGCAUGGCAGAGUUUGAUGUUGUUGUGCUGGGCACUGGACUUAAGGAAUGCAUCCUCUCCGGCCUGCUUUCCAUCUGUGGAAAGAAAGUUCUUCACAUUGAUCAGAACCCACACUAUGGAGGAGAGGGCGCCUCCAUAUCACCUCUAGAAGAGCUCUAUAAGAGGUUCCAAGUUCCAGGACCUCCUAAAGGAAUGGGGCAGGGUAAAGAAUGGACCAUUGACCUCAUCCCUAAAUUUCUGUUGUCCAAUGGGCAGCUGGUGAAGAUGCUGCUGUACACAGAGGUGACGCGCUACCUGGAUUUUAAAGUGGUGGAGGGCAGUUACGUGUACCAAGCUGGAAAAAUCCACAAAGUCCCCGUCACUGAGGCAGACACACAGGCUUCAGAUUUGAUGGGUAUGUUUGAUAAGCGCCGUUUCCGGAAACUUUUGCUGUUUGUUCUGAACUUUGACGAGCACGACCCGCGGACCUUCCUGGACAUGGACCCCAACAGAACGACCAUGAGGGACGUGUUCAGGCACUUUGACCUGGGAACGGAUGCAGUGGAGUUUACGGGGCACGCACUGGCCCUGCAGAGCGGUGACGAUUAUCUGGACCAGCCAUGCCUGCAGACCUUAAAGCGGAUCAAACUGUACUCGGACUCUUUGGCUCGUUAUGACCACAGUCCAUACCUCUAUCCCCUCUACGGCCUGGGGGAGCUACCACAAGGCUUCGCCAGGUUGAGUUCUCAGAAUGGAGGUAAAUACUUGCAGAACCGAAAGGUGGAUGACAUCAUCAUCGAGAGUGGCAGAGUGGUGGGGGUGAAGUCUCAUGGAGAGGUGUUCCGCUGUAAGCAGCUGCUGUGUGACCCCAGCUACGCCCCAGGCCGGGUCAGGAAAGUGGGGCGGGUCAUCAGGGUCAUCUGCCUUCUGAACCAUCCAAUCAGAAACACUCAUGAUGCCAAAUCCUGCCACAUCAUCAUCCCACAUACACAGGUCCAGCGGAAAUCAGACAUCUAUGUGUGUAUGGUCUCCUUUGGUCAUAACGUAGCUCCAGAAGGGAAGUACAUCGCUGUGGUCAGUACGAAUGUGGAGACCAGUAACCCAGAGAAAGAAGUGCAGACGGGCCUGGCUCUGCUGGAGCCCAUCAUGCAGAAGUUUAUCUCCAUUACUGACCUGAUGGUGCCCACAGAUGAUGGAAGGCGAAGUCAGAUCUUCGUGUCUCGUUCGUACGACGCCACCACGCACUCCGAGACGGAGUGUGAGGACAUUAAGGAUCUGUUUCGUCACAUGACGGGGGCAGAGUUCAGCUUUGAGGAUUUCCAGAGAGACAGCGAGGCCGAUGAUUAAACGCGUUCACAAACAGCAACAUCGUCCAAAGGCAACCGAUUCACCUUAUUUUACACACUGGCCAUUUUCCUUAUUACGCAAUGGAGAGUAACAGGAAUCGGGUAAUUCAUUAAUUAAAUAAUUACUAACUCAGCAGCCUUGAGAAAACAGCAAAGAAAUGGAGGCAUGUCCUGAAUUUUAAAAGCACUAAAAAUGGGGACAGGGUUCAGCAAAGAUACCUUAAAGGACACAAAAAGGUUGCAGCUGCUGGGUGUUGGCUAGAAGCUAGGAAGCAAUUCCCACUUCCAAGUCCAUUUGAGUGGGCUAGAAGUUAAGACCCUGCUAAAUUUCCCACCUCCGACUUGACUAGGAAUUCCUACUCAGAAAGUCGGGAUUAUGAUAUAGAUUAAUCCAGUAUAAUUUUAUUCACCAGCUUUAUGUUACCUCAUCUAAAUUGCGUAGAUUUAACCCCAACAUUUCACCCCUCCGUUUUAGAUGUGGCUCUGCUGAGGGAGCAGUAUUGCACCCAGACAUGUCCUAAAGUGAUUGAUUUCUGGCAAAAAGUCUGCAAUACAAUAUCAGAGAUUAAUGAAAAGGCCUUUCCAGUAGACCCAGGAAAUUGUCUUCUGGGAAACUUUACUAAUGCAGAUUUCAGAAAUCAACAGCUCAUAGAAAUGACGCUACUCACUAUCUGAUUCAGUCAGCUCAAAUUCCUUUUGGGAUGUGGCUUUCUGAAAUCAAGAGUUGUAUACCCUUAGAAAAAAUAACCUAUCAAUGAAAUAAUAAAAGUAAAGUAUUUUAUAAGACCUGGCAACCAUUUAUUGAUUACAUUAAGGACAUUCCACUGGACCAGACAGAAUGUACACAGGCAUAAAUAAAUAUAAUUGAAACUCUCGUAUCUCCUUUCCUUUUUUCCCCCCGUAUAAAUGUACGACAGUGUAUGUUCUCAUUUGCUUUUGUUAUUUGUGUUGUGUUUAUAACCUUUAAAAUCUAAAUAAAAUAUCCCCAAAAACCAGAAA